AUGACCGUGGCGGUAUGCAAUGCAGGAUACAUGGUUUCCAAGGGUAUAUAUAUACGCCGUUGGUAUGCAGGAACAAGUCAUACACAAACACAACAGUCCAUCACUCCGUUCGCUUUCCUCUAUAUUACCAUCGAGGAAGCCGCUCCAACAUAUCAAUCGCUCAAGAGUCACACACAUACUUUUCCACCGCCAACAUGAUUUUCACACGCAUCAUCUCCCUCGUCCUCCGCACCGCCCAAUGGGUCUUCGCCGUUAUUGUCCUCGGCCUAACCGCAUACUUCAUCUCGCAAAACCAAGAUGAGAAGAAGGGUCGCCGCUGGCGAUGGGAUGACUGGGACGAGCCUAUGGGUCGUUUGAUCUUCGCUAUUGUCUGGUCUUCUCUCUCCGUCAUCUUCGCCAUUGUCUGGUCCAUCCCCACCACCACUAGCAUCACGGGUUUCGUUUCCGACAUAGUCUUCACAGGCGGCUGGGCAGCAGUCUUUGGCCUCCUCGUCAUGUACUACAACGACACCGACUGCGGUGAUGAGUGGGACUGGGGCCGUAUGUCUUUCAGCCGCAGGAACUCUUGCGGACAGUGGCGGGCGGCUCAGGCAUUUGCAUUUUUGAGCAUGAUUGUGUGGCUGGCUACUGCUGUGUUGGGUGCCUUUACCACGAUGCGCCUCAAACGCCGUGCUAGGGCAGCUGCUGUUAAGAACACCAAUGCUUAAAUGAUGCAUGAGUGUAAGGCGAGGAUGAGGGUUGCAAGGUGGGGGUUUGAUGAUGACGGGGUUGCGGUUUGCGCGAUAGGCUGCACGUCAUCAUGUGCUUGGAUGUUUUGGCAACGACUGGGAUGAUAACAGAACGUAUUUUGUCAUGACUUGCAAGCGGGCGUUUAUGCGGACGGGAAUGAAUAUAGUAUGAUAAUGUCACUCCUUCAUGAUCUA